UGUCCACUUGAGUGGAAGCCCGGUGGCGCCUCCCACGUUAAAGGGGGCAGGUCAGAGCCGUGAUCUCGGGUGGAAACCGCCGGCCUGUAAUGUUUAUGUUGAGAAUGUGCGCAGCUGGGCGGUUAGAACACAGUCAUGGGGACUGGAGAAGAUAUAAGAGUAUCUGAGUGCCACAGAGAGACGGGUUUUCAGCGCUCGGUCUGAGCGACUCUGCGGGCGAUAAUGGCCAUUGCCAGGGUUGAUUACGUCGCUCCGUGGUGGACGUACUGGCUGCACCAUUUCCCACAUGUCAACUUCUUAUUUCAGCCGGUCGACAGCAUUUUCAAACCGGAGGAGGCAAACUAUCAGCAGUCUCUUAUCCUUCUAGCAUGCGUUGGUGCGGUCGGCCUUGGACUGAGCCUGCUUAUUCUGGCAGCGUACUUGGUGUGCUUGUGCUGCUGCAAAGACCUGGAAGAAGACACUAAAAGGCCUGAUACCUGCUGUGUCACUUGGGUUGCUGUCAUCACCGGUCUCAUCAUAUGUUCUUCUGUUGGAGUGGGUUUCUAUGGGAACAGCGAGACCAAUGAUGGCGUCUACCAGCUGACCUAUUCACUCCACAAUGCCAAUCACACUCUGGGUGUCAUUAACAGUCUGGUUGCAGGAUCUCUAGGAAAUGUGGAAACUGGACUCAAGCAGCACUUGGAACGCCUCGAUGAAAUAUUUGCUGCAAGGGCUGACUACCUCCAAGCUCUGCGCUUCAUGCAGCUAAUGGCCAACAAUGUAAUCCGUGAGCUGACGGCUCUGCCAGACAUAGACAAGACUAAGGCUGACUUGGCAGCCAUUGCGAACCAAACUGCUUUCGUUGAGUAUUACAGAUGGCUGAGUUAUCUGCUGUUGCUGAUCCUGGAUCUGGUUAUCUGCUUGGCCAUGUGUUUGGGGAUGGCCAAGCAAUCUCAGCGGCUGCUUAUCGCGAUCAUGGGGUUUGUCAUAUUGUCUUUGAUCCUGAGCUGGGCCUCACUUGGAACUGGCACAGCUACAGCUGUGGGCAUAAGUGACUUCUGUGUCUUACCAGACAAGUAUAUUGUCAACCAAACCAAGGAUUUCAUCAGUGCAGAUGUGGCUCACUAUUAUUUGUUCUGCAGUCCAAAUCUGCCAAACCCCUACCAACAGUCUCUAACAAUCUGUCAGCGCUCUCUGACCACCAUGCAAAUCCAGAUCCAAGGCUUUCUGCAGUACUAUGUGCCAGUUUUCCCCACUUCUGAGAGAGACCUUUUAGGGAUCCAGCGACUGUUAAAUUCCACAGAGUUCAGUCUUCACCAGCUAACAGUUUUGCUGGACUGUCGGGGGCUGCAUAAGGACUAUCUGGAUGCAUUGAUUGGCGUGUGCUAUGAUGGAGCGGAGGGGCUUCUCUACCUCAUGUUGUUUUCUCUUCUGGCUGCCUGCGCACUCUCUGCCAUGUUGUGUGUCAUUUUCCGAUUGUGGACACUAAUCGGCAGCAGGGAUAAAGAGUACAAUGACAUAGAUGAGGAAGACCCAUUCAACCCCCAAGGACGACGCCUAUCGUAUAAUCCCAGAAGGUCAAACACACACAGUUUCUGUAGUUAUAUCAGCAGCCUUGGCAGCCAAGUCAGCCUUCAUCCACCGCCGCAAUCUGCUUCUACUUCAACAAUACCACCACCUGAAUACAUGAAUCAGUCUAUGCUGUUUGGAGGGACCCCACGUUAUGAGAAUGUACCUCUGAUAGGGAGAGGAUCCCCACCUCCCUCGUAUUCACCUAGCAUGAGGACCACCUAUGUUUCAAUGACCGAGGCUCAGAUCAGACACUUUGGGACAGACUUCCAGGUCUAACCUGUUACCUACCAAGCAGUCCUCUGUGCUUCUGUCUAAGACUCUGAGCUCCUACCAGGAAGACCGACCACAAGACAUAAUCCUGUUUACAGAAGUACGAGCCUGCCAUUAAAUCUCAGACAUGAAAGUGGGCCAUACUGAAGCAAUUACUACUGUAACACAUCAGUGCAAUGCGUGGAAAGUGCUGUGUUGAAGAGAAAGGGCCUGUACUACAGAAUCCCAAGGCUGAAUGGUGUUUUUUUCUUUUUCCCUUUUAGCAUAUUUUCUUGAAAAACUGUUACUCAAAUUAUAAGUAUUCAUGUGAAACAAAUUCAAAAGCUGUGGAAUAGAUUGAAAGGAUGGCAUUUUUGCAGCAUCCCAUGCAAUUAAGUGAAUUUUUUUGGCCUUGUCUUUUUGAAUGGUGCAAUAUGAAAUUAAAUACAUUCAUCUUUGAAAUGACCUUAUAGUAAUUGAAUGUGUCAUUAAAAAACCUAACAAAUCAUGUAAUGAAAUUUUGAACAGCCAAAUAGGGCUGUAAGAAUGAGUCAAAUAGACGUAUUUCUUAUUGCCGUUUUAAGUAACAUUUGGGAAAUAUUUCUUGAGCCUCUUAGCUGAAAAAGCUUGGAUUUUCAUAUCCUGGCUUUAUAAGGGUGUUGUGACUUUCUAAAAAAUAAAAAAAUAAUAAAAAUGUGUAUGAGCAACAGUACAUUGAAAUGUUUGCUUUUUUGUUGUUUGUUUUGUUUUUAUGUUUCUGAACCAGUGCCACUAAUGACUGAUGUAAUUAUGAGUACGGUGUGCAGAAAUUGGAUUUUUGUUCAGAUCCACUUGGCUAUUGACAAUCUUGAAAUUGUUGAAAAUAACAGUUAUAUACUAUUUUCUAUGUUGUAUAAUGUAUCAAAUGAAAGCGAACUUCAGCCAUAAAAUGCUACAUUUAGACUAACUGAUUUAAUGUUUGCUCUCUUUUUUUGUCUUGCUCUCUGGUGAAAAUGACAUUCGGUAACGCUUUUAGGCUAACUGGGAUUUAGGGCGCCAACAGAUGUCACAAGGACUACUGUCCUCAUUAUAUCCCAUAACUUAAAAGAAAAAAAAAAGAAGUAAUUGUGCAAAGAAGAAUAUUUGAACAUAUAUUAGCUUGGCUUUACAAAAUAUAAAGGCCCAAGCCGUGUUUGUUUUCUUCACAUAUUUAUUGUACUUUGACUUGAAAGAUCUGAUUAUCUAAUACAAUAGUUUCAACCCAUGUUGCCAACAGCCUCUUUAGAGAUGAAAAGUGUGUCAGAGCUUCACGCUAUGUCCCCUGUCAUCAGAGCAUGAGAGUAGUCAAUAAUACCCUUUAAAAGACCUUCAACAGAAUUGGGGAAAGAAACAACAACUUGCAUCCAGUUAAGAAUCUUAUCUUUUUAAAACUUUUACAUCAAAGACCAAUUGUAAGAAAAGACCAAUUCAACGCAAACAGCAUUUUGUAUAGAUUUCCCUUUGAGGUUGUUUUUUUAGGUUUACAAAAAUGGUCAAAUUUUCUAGUUUACUGUUGUUUAAAAUGAAAAACAUUGCACUCUUGACUCCACUUAGUUUUUUGCAACUGUUCUAUGUUUUUGUCUACUUAAUCAA